AUGAGGGCGCUGGGCCAGAACCCAACGCAGCAGGAGCUGAACGACCUGGUGAACGAGAUCGACACGAACGGCAACUCGCUGAUCGAGUUUUCCGAGUUUCUCACCAUGAUGGCAAGACAGAUCAAGGAGCAGGACGUGGAGGCCGAGAUCCUGGAGGCGUUCAAGGUGUUCGACAGCGACGGCGACGGCAAGAUCUCCCAGACAGAGCUGGUCCGCGUGCUCACCACCAUCGGCGAGAGGCUCACCGAGGAGGAGGCCAGACAGAUGCUCCAGGCCGCCGACACCGACUCGGACGGCCAGAUCGACAUCGAGGAGUUCGCCAAGAUCCUGCUGUCUGAGGUAUCCGUAUCCGAGCGCGUAUCCGGCCAGAAUGGCAAACAAAUGGCCGAUGAAACUCGAGCUCGGCACCAGCACGCCCACCACGAGCAGCAGGAUGAACGGGAUCAUCGUCGUAGGCACGUCCACCGUGUAGAUCCUGGUGUUUUCUGCUGUCUGGGCCUGCAGGUAGUAGUAGUAGCUGAGCAUCGAAAAGCCCCAGCCGGACGCUCCCAGGACGCUCGUGGUGGGGAAGAAGAGCAUGCCGCACAGACAGUACGGAACGGCCACGCAGGUGGCCAGGAAGUUGAGCACGAGAGCCGUGUGGACGGUGCCGUUCUGCACCUCGAACUGGCACAAGGGGCCGUACAGCGACGCCACGUUGAACAGCAGAUGGACGAAAUUGGCGUGCACGAGCGGGUACGUCGUCAGCCGGCUCAGCUCGAGGUUGUAGAGCGUCCAUGGCGUCAGCGACCACUUGUCGAGAAUGGCCGGGUCUGCGACCGAGUAGAGGUACACGAGCACGAGAAACACGCACAGGCCGGUCGACAGCGCGGGCGCGCGCUCCGUGGCGGCGAAAAGACGCCGGCCCUGGUCGGAGAUCUGUUGGAACAGCUGUUGGAACGACAUGAAAAAUGGAUAUAA